AUGAACCAAUCCAAUAAUGACUUAAUUCAAAAAUGCCUUGAAGAAGUGCAUAUUAAAUUUUAUGAAUAUUCUCACUUUAAGGAUAUUAAAUUUAUUGUAGAAGGAGGAUAUGGAAAAGUGCACCGUGCUACUCUCAAAGAUCAUGAUAUUACUCUUAAAUUGCAUCGUAGCGUGGAUAUACAUUCUAAUAUUAUACGAUUACUUGGUGCUACUAAGAAUGAUUACAUGCUUGUUCUUGAAUAUGCUGAUGGUGGUAAUCUAAAAUCAUAUUUAAAAGAUAAAUUUAAAUAUCUUUCUUGGAAAGAUAAAAUUAAUUUUGCGUUACAAAUUACCGACGCAGUUAAAUGUUUACAUAUUAAUGAUAUAGUUCAUCGUGAUCUGCAUUCAGACAAUAUACUUGUUCAUCAAAGAUAUUGCUGGCAACAUGAUCCUAAUAAUCGUCCAGAUAUUCGGCAAGUCUUUUCGGAUUUGGAAAAUUUAAUUAUAAAUUAUAGUCAGGCAUUCAUUGAAAAACAAGAUAAUAAUCAAAAUUUAGCUCAUGAAAUUGAUCAAAUUA